UACUAUAGCUCAUCGCAUGUAGCCCAUAAGGCUCAACUGCGCUAGUCCUUUUCGGCACUAGCUUGAGACGCUAGUUCCCGCCUUGGUCGUUCGAUGUCCCUCGCCGCGGUCUUCAGCGUCCACCAGCGAGGGUCCUAUUGCGACAUGGAGAUGACGAGCACGCAUAGACGUCGAAUUACAAUCCCAAAGCAAGACGCUAUCUCACGGCACGAUUAAACAAAGUAUGCCAUAUUUUCCGACAUCUCUAGACAUGGCUGCACACCAGCCUUCGAAUGCAGAAACCAGUGAUAUUCAGUCCACCCACCAGGAAAUGCCCCGGGAAGCACCACGCGAUCGGUACAUCACCGUCAAGAACCGUCGCAGGCGCUACCUAGACACACAUCCUGAAUAUUUCGGCCCCUCAUUGGAGCUGGCCGACCCUCUCCUCUACGACCGCCUGAUCCGUCGCUUCCAAUCGAGCUCCGAGCGCGAAGCGGAAGGCCGCGCCAAAGGUUACUCUGGUAUCCUCGAAGCAGAUAUCCUACGCUCAGAAGCCAAACUCAACGCGCUUGCGCACCCAGAUCCGAAUUCUAUCCUAACGUAUAAGCGAGGACCUGAUGGGGAGAUAUUGGCGGAGGACAAGGACGAUGUUCCAGUCAAUCAAGAGGAAGGAAGGGCACGGUGGGUGUAUGAGAUGGAGAUGCGAUUUAUACGAGGGGACGACAAGGACUUCGAGUAUAAGACCGUCGAUGAUAAUGAGGAUCUUGAUGAUAUUUCGGAAGAGGAUAGGAUACGUGAGGAUGCGUAUUUCCGAGAGGAAGAGCCGAGCUGGAUACUGGACGAUGAAGGUGGUGGUAGAAAAGAAGUCACAGGCGAAACCGGCAUACAGGACUUUUGAGUGUGUAUGUGACUCUCCCGGUGAUGUUAUAAUGUCGCAUAUCGUAGCGCAUUAGUACCGCCAUCGCUUAGCUGGCAAGUACUGCAGCGAGCCUCUCCUCUUCGCUCGGCCAUGUUUCGUCUGACACCACGUUGCGAACUGCGUCUUCAGCCUUCCUCGCCUCGACCCAGUCACCCAACCGACCAUUGACGCGCAAGCUCAUCAUCCUCAGCUUUGUGAGCUCCGUCG